CACAACACCCCCUUACUCCCUUUCUUGCUCCACCAACAACCCUAAACAAACCUCCCUAGCUAGCUUACCUCAAACUUAAGAUUACAAACUCUCAUGGCAAACACUAAGCUCAUCGCCGCCAUCUUCAUCCUCUCCCUCGUAACCCUAUCGCCUUUUUGCAACGCAUGUUGCGGUUGCCCUAAGCCACCGGCGCCACCAGUCACACCACCAACUCCUUCUAAGAACCAUUGCUCAAUCGACACGCUUAAGCUCGGUGUUUGUGCUGAUGUACUAGGGUUAGUCCAUGCAGUCAUUGGAAACCCACCUUCUGGAACACCAUGUUGUUCCCUACUAAAGGGACUUGCUAAUUUGGAAGCCGCAGUUUGUCUUUGUACUGCCAUUAAAGCUAAUAUCCUUGGGAUUAACUUAAAUGUGCCUAUUUCCCUAAGUGUUCUCCUUAGCGCUUGCCAAAAGGAGCUUCCUAAUGGGUUUAAAUGUUAAUUAUUAAGCUCGCAUACUCGGGUGAUUUGAUUAAUUAAACUAUAAGAGAUCCAAAUUAGUGUGAGUGGGAGUGAAAUUUAGCUCAUUGUCUCAUUUAUGUAUCACUAUGCCUAGCUUAUAUAUAGCUAGGGUUUUUUCCCUUUUUUUUUAAUUAUUAUUGGUGUUACAUAAUUUGCAUGUAUUUUAAAUAUGAAUGUACUACGUAUUAUUUUGUUGGGUUUGAA